UGUUGUAGGGACGCCUCAGUUACAAGCCAACAGCCAUCAAGUACAAGAUGUUCUCCAAAGUCUGUAGCUUCUUAGUGCUGGCCACAGCCUUAGUAGGCCUCGUUGCCUCCGUGGACUACUGCGCCUUGCCCACCUGCCUGGACAAGCACAUUGCCUGCAAUAAUAAAGGAAACUUUAGCGAGAACUGUCCCAAGGAUGUGCGUGAGGUGAAUAUGCAGCCCCAUGAGAAGUUGAUCCUGACUCUGUUCAAUGAGCUGCGCAACACAGUUGCUGGAGGCGCCAUCGAGGGAUUGCCCAAGGCAGCGCGCAUGGCCAAGAUGACCUGGUGCGAGGAACUGUCCCACCUGGCUUUAUAUAACGUAAAGACAUGCCAAUCCCUUCCCGACAAGUGCCGCAGCACGGAGCGCUUCGCCUACGCUGGCCAGAACAAUGCCAUGUUUAGCUACAGCGGUGCUGAGUCGGAGUACACCGAUGCGGAGAUUAUCAAGGAGCAGAUCGAGAACUGGUUUAAGCAGCGUGCCAAUGCUUCCCCUGAGAUCUUGGCCAGCUUCCCAGAAGACUUGCCCAACAAGAAUGUGGCCAAGUUCACCGUUGCCGUGGCAGAGAAGAACACCCAUCUGGGCUGUGCCGCUGUGCGCUUCUCUCGCGAUUACUACAACCACUUCGUGCUCACCUGUAACUUUGCCACUACCAACGUGAUUGGCCAGCCCGUGUACACACCCGGCGACAAGGCCACCUCUGGUUGCAAGAACCGAUAUGGCGCCGCCUUUGACUAUCCCAAUCUCUGCUACGCCAAGGAGAUCUACGACAACGAGAAGGUUGUGCCCGAUAUCAAAGUACUUUAAGGAAUGGGUGAAAGUAUGAGUAUUCAUAGUUGCUGACUGACCGCUUUAAGAUGUAAUAUAAACCCUUGAAAUAUAUAAUAAUUAUAAAAAAUAA